GGCCGUCCCGCCGCUCUUCCGGCGCUACCCGUCGAAGGCGGAUGGCUUGCGUGCGCUGCACCACAUGCAUGAGCAGCAGGGCAGCGCAGUCGGACAUCUGGUCGAUCCGGAGCCUUUGCGCCCGGCUAUCACACGCCGUUCGCUUUCAAAUCCAAGCCUCUCGAGGUGGGAGAUAGCGUGCUGAGGAUGAACCCUCGCAAAACGCAUGUUUUACUCUUGGAUCAUCUUGGUCUCAUCCAGGCCGUCUCGAUCGCAGAGUGCAGCCUUGAUUUCAGGACGUUGUUUAACCAGCGGUGGCAUACGCUCGGGCCCGGUGGCAUAGCCCUCAGUCCUCCCUGGGAGACCUUGAGUCGGGAGAACGAGACGAGCUACACCAUCUGGCCCGAAGUCUCGCUGCAGACUAUACUUGCUGCGAUGCAGCAGGCACCGGUGUGGGAGGCGAUGACGGCGGCAACGGCAGUGCAUCAGCCCGGAGGCCGUAUGGCCAAGCAAGACGGGCCAUCAAGUGCAGUAAAUGGCGGCGUGGGCAGCAAAAGCAAUGAGCCGAAAAGGCGACGGAGCAGUGCUACUUCUGGCGUCUCCGCGAGCGAUGUAUACGCUCAGGCCAGACUAGAGUGGCACGUGGACUCUUGCAAACAAGCACAGCGCUUGCUCUCCAACCCCGCCGCUGCUCACCUAAUCGAGAUCGAGUAUUGCGAGAAGAGUCAGUUCGCUUUUUUCCAGGGUUCGAUCAUUAACACGUACCUUCAAGACGCUGUCGCAGGCUACCAGCAGCAGACGAUUGCUGAGAGAGAGAUGCGUGACACACCCGCAGAGAACCCCGUUCCCCGCAGCGGUAAGCGGCCCACAUUAAGCGCCAACUCGGCCGGGCAGCUGCUGGCACGAGCAGAGACGCGCCAUCGGCUGGCACUGCUACUUAGUCUGCUCGUUGCAUGCGCACAGUACAUCGGACCACUGGAGCUGCAAGUCGACUCGGUGUGUACGUCCCUCUCGACGUGGGAGUUUGCGUUUACGGCAAUGAAGCUGGCCUGGCGCCUACUGCAACCCCGUUCGCCGGAUGGGAUCUACAGAGUGGAGGAAGUCAGCCUUGAGGUCCUCGUCGCGCUUACCCAUCUCGUCGAUGCGAUCAGGACGCACCCACAGCAUACGGACAUGAGCCAUGUUGUAAAGCGUCUCAUCGCACAUCCUGCGACAUAUGAUAAGAUCAUGUCCGACACCGAAGGCCAUCCCCAGCGUCGAGAAACAUGGAAGCGACUACUAGGGUUUCACUUGCGUGAGGUCGUUGCUUACCGACUCUGGCAGCGAAGGCAAUUGGGCCUGCGAUUCGGCCCCAUGCUGCGUCCACUGGGCAAUUUGGUCACGCUCCCUGGUGAACUGGUGGACGAGAAUUUAGGAGGGGGGCUUUUCCGGCAGCGCGCACGCUAUGAGAUCGCAGCGAUUGAGCUCGACCUGCUCAACGAAGAGCUACUUGACUCGUCCUUGUUGGAGCCGUUGCCGGGUCCGGAGCAUGUCGAGGCUCGAAGGAGGCUGGCGAUGCGGAGAGAACACGAUGGGCAGAUGUUCUACGAGCGCUUACUGCUCUUGCAACAACAGACCUUAUGUGUCGAUGCCGACAUUCCGCCCAUGCCGCCUGGAGGCUACAGCACGGCGUACUUAGACCCGCUCUUUUAUCAGCGGCACUGCUCCGAGAAAGCACUUUCGGCGUUUGCGCUGACAUUGGAUCUGAUCGUCGCUGCUUUGAAGGAGAUCGACGCCGAAGGCCUGAGUCAGACUUUGGAGGACCAUCUCUGCGGCAUGCCCCCCAGCAUUGAUCUGAAAAUUUCCCGCACGGGCGAAUGGCUCAUGACGUCCGCCACCCAUGUGGAGACGAACCGAUAUGGAGCCAACAGACGCCAGAACCGUAGGAAGGCCCCUAGUCCAGCCGCCAUGGCCAUGGUAACACAUUGAGCCCAGUGCCACGCUUGCUUUUAUUUAGCUCGUGUGCAAGUCGGCACCUUCCUCGUUUCCAUCUCCUCUUGCGACAGGCUUUCCAUUGCUUAAUCUUUGUACUUGGUGCCGUUGCCUUGCACUCGUGUUGUAUCAAUCACAGUCAAUCUGGAAAAUUCGGCCCGAAAGCCUUGC